CCGCCCUCUCAGUAGUGCGCAUGCGCAGUGUUGUUGUGAGUCACGUGAACGCGUGGUUCCGGUUCCUCUCUGUGACAGCAGCUACAGUCCGGUGUGGAGGAUGAGCUCAGGCAAAGGGUCCAGGAGGAAAGUCCGCAAGCUGCAGCAUUCCAACAACGCGGUGGCGUUUGACCCUGAAACACUGACUGAGAUUCAAAGUCUUUUUAGUAAAGUCAGAACCUAUGUGAAACCUCCCGAUGGGGAGUGGUGCGUCCCCGACCCAAACGCUCUUCUCAGACACCCUGCGGAGGAGCACAGCCGGCUGCAGACUCUGAAGGUGUCGCUUAAUGAUGUAAAGAACCGGCUCAGUGACAAGAACGUCGAGGUCUGGCACCAGCACACCAACUCCACCAAUCGAGCCGGGAAGGUGAUUGCCGCCGUGCGUUCUGCUGCCAACGCAGAGGUCUGCACUCAGGCCUGGUGCAAGUUCUGUGAGAUCCUGGGAACCUUUAGCCUUCUUCCAGAGGAGGCUCUUCAAAACGGAGAGCUGAACACGGUCCACCUGUGUGAAGCUCCGGGGGCUUUUAUAACCGCUCUGAACCACUACAUCAAAACCAGCGAGUCCACACGCUACUGUGACUGGACGUGGGCCGCCAACACUCUCAACCCGUACCACGAGGCUAACGGCGGCAGCACGACGAUCGUAGAUGAUCGGCUGAUUGCUAACACGCUGCCAUGGUGGUUCUUUGGCUCGGACAACACGGGCAACAUCAUGGUCCAGAAACAUGUGCUGGAGCUGAAGGCGUUUGUGGCGAACAUGCGUAGAGUAGACGUGGUGACGGCAGAUGGUAGUUUUGACUGUCAGGAGAACCCAGACGAGCAGGAGGCGCUUGUGGCGUCGCUGCAUUACUGCGAGGUCACGGCUGCACUGCUGCUCCUGAGCCCCGGUGGCUCCUUCGUGUUGAAGAUGUUCACCCUGUAUGAACACGCCUCCGUCUGCUUACUCUACCUGCUCAACUGCUGUUUCCGCUCAGUCAACGUCUUCAAACCCGCCACCAGCAAGUCAGGCAACUCUGAGGUUUACGUCGUGUGUCUGAACUAUGACGGCAAGGAAGCCGUGAAGCCUCUGCUUGCCAAACUGAUACGUAACUACGGACCACAUCUGGCUGACCGAGAGGCACUUUUCCCAACCUCGCUCAUCCCGGAGUCGUUUCUGAAGCAGCAUGAAGACGUGUGCUCGUUCUUCCACGCGCUGCAGGUGGAGACAAUCACAGAAAACCUGCGACUGUUUGAAGGAAUGAGCAGCGAGCAGAGGCAGCGGCUCGACUACAUCAGGGACUGCACGGCUCAGGAAUACCUGCAGCGAUUCAAGGUGAGCUUCCUUCAGCGGAGUCGAUGGAUCUCUCGUAACACGGUGAAUCCCGCCUGCUGCAGCGUCUCGGCGGGCCGACCUCUGGGACAGAAGAAGCAAACAGGCUCCUUCAAUGAGCGGAGGGAAUUGCAGACCCUGAGCUGGAGGGAGCGCAUCGAGAGGGGUUGCCAUGCCACUGGGAUACAGAAACACUGCACCGAGGCCGCUGGGACCGGCUGCACGCUGGAAGGACCCCUGUCCGAGUGCCAAGUGGAUUCAUGGUACAUUGUCAUCGGGGCUGCACUGCCUGCAGUCAGAAACUCUCCGUUCUGUGAAGUAGGAUUGUUGAACCACCUGAAUGAAGCCCUGAUGGACUCAGCUGUAGACUGGACUCACGCGCCUCCCUGCGACUCUUGCCAUGCGGUUUCCACGGCCUCCAUCUUUUCCGAUGUUGCAGCUCUUUGCAUCCCCUCGGCUGACAGUGAUGAGAACAGAAAGCAGAGUCAGUGUUUGGUGUUUGGCAGCAGCUCCGCGUGGGGUGACUGUGAAAGCCAACUGGGGGAUUUAGUCUUAACAUUUUCCGCAGAGCCUUCAGCUCCUCAAAGAGGCCGCAUCACGCUGCACGACGGGGAGCCGCUGUACCAGCGGCAGCUCUUAGCUUGUGUUGUGUUUUCCCUGCAGACCCUGAACUCUGGGGAUGCCUUGCUGCUGCCGGUGUUAUCUGCCUUCACCCGUGUCACCGCAGCUGUUGUGCUCUGCCUGCAUGUGUGUUUUCGCUCGGUCACGUUCAGGUGUCCGCCCCCCUCAGGUGUAGUCGGGACAGUGCUGGUGUGUGUCGGCUUCUGCCCUGAAGCUGCUGCAGGAGUCCUCCCGUUUCUCACUGACGUCCAUACCUGCAUGGGUCAGUUGUUAAGAAGAGAGGAGGACAAUCAGGUGCUGCAGUUUGUUCCCAUGGAGGAGCUGCUGACAGGAGGACUGACUGAGUUCCUGCGGACAAUGAACUCUGAAAUCAUCCAACAGAGGCUGCAUUUGCUCAUGCAACCAUAGUGCAGUUUAGUGAGCUAAAUUUCACAUACAGCUGGCAAAUCGCCUGUGGUUUUAAUGAGUCCAGUGAGCUGAAUUAUAGGCCGGCUUCACCCCUAGGGCACCGAUGUUAAAAUUAUGUUUGUCUUUUCUAUCAGUAAAAGUCGUAUCACACAGUC